AUGGAGUGCUUCAGACAGAUUCUCCGAUUCGUGAAAUCACCAUUUCAGAAGAAGACACAUAAGGUCUUGGAGAUAGGCCCACCAACGAACUUCCGCAAGGAAGAGCUGCCAAACUUCUUCCCGGACGACGAUCAUGGCUCGGCACUAGAGAAGGACACAGUCAAGGGAGUUCAGCGUCAGCCGUCCACGCGGGACAAGAUCAAGCAGCAUGUCCGGAGGCUGAGCAUUAAACUUGUGGGCCCGUCUUCUUGCCCUGAGUGA